AUGAAUUCAAGUACAAUUUUCCUUUAAGAAAAAAUAUAACACAAUGAUCUUACAGUUAAUCUGUAUAUAUUACGACUUCCCACAUAGCUUUAAGAACAUUAAUAAUUGAUAGAAACGGUAAAGAGAAAUAGCAUCAAAGUUAUUUUUUAUUUUGGAACAUCAUCCUUAGUCCUCAAAAAUUAAAGUGGAAUUAAAAUAUAAUAAGUGAUUCAAGACGAAAAAGCAUUAUAGAGCAUGCAAGUUGAGUUAAUUAAUAAUAAGUCAAAUAUUGGAUUAAUGUGCACUGAAACAUGUGAAACGAGUUUAUAGAUGUAUUUCCAUUAUAUGGUUAAGAUAGAAAAAAAGAAUUUGAGUUAUUUUGAGAAUCAUGCUUAAUGGCAUGUUUGUCCAAUUGACUAAUUGAGGUAAUUGUACGAGGAAAUUCACAAAUCAUAAAAUAUCAACAUAUUUGAUUAUAAUCUACUAAAAACCAAUUCAAAUAUAGGUUCAAAACUAUCAAACGAUUUCGUUUAGAGUGAGAUCAUUACAAAAGAAUUACCAAGAGAUGAAUAGUGCAGAUGUGAAUCUUAUAUAAACAAUUCCUAAGUAGCAAGUCAAAAGUUCAGCAAAAUUUUACCAGAAGAGGAUUAAGUAAUAUCAGAACUUUAUCCUAUGAAAACGCCUUCUUUAUCAUGUUCCAAAAUGGCAGUCAAUCCAGAUCCAAAUCCAGUUGAGAAAGUGGUUCAGCCUCAGCAUCUACUUAAGUUUGAUGACUAAUACUAAUUGCCUAACAGCAUUACAUUUAUUCAUUUUAUACCUCAAGAUGGAUUUAGAUGUCUGGAGUGAAUAAUUCAUCCCUCAAGUUUAUUAUUUAAAUAAAAUUAAUAUUCAUAUUUGUCUUAAUAAAAUUAAUAUCAAUAUAUCA